AUGGAUGACACCGAUGGCGUGGAUGACACCACGCGGCAGAUCGGAGAGCUGGACUUUCACCACCCUUAUACCCCAUACGAUGUUCAGGAGCAGUUUAUGAGGGCAGUUUACGGGGUCCUCGACGUGGGUGGCGGGCAGGUCGGCAUCCUGGAAAGCCCGACUGGCACGGGCAAAUCCCUCUCGCUGAUCUGCGCCUCGUUGACCUGGUUACGGAACUACAAGUCCACCAGCCAUGAAGCGGCGCUGCGAGACGCCGGCGAGGCGUACAAGGACGAGCCACAGUGGCUAAUCGACCAGCUCCUGCGGCGCAAGAGAGACGAGCUCGUCCGCCGCUGGGAGGACCGGGAGAAGCGCCUGGAGGACAUUCGUCUCAAGGAGAGGGCACGAGAAGAUCGGGCCAGCAAACGACGCCGCAUUGACGAACGUCAGGCAUCUGGAGCUGGUCGACAGAGCGUAGAAGACGAGGACGCCGAAUGGCUCCUCGACGACCGGGACGGUAGCGGCUCGGCCCCCCGGGAUGCCCUCUCUGGGCUCAGCAAGGAGUCGCGCGAGGUCCUGGAAAGAAUGGGCCUCGGCGCACCCAAGAAGCGCGAUGAGGAUGACGACGUUUUAGAGGAAGAGAUCAAGAUCUACUACACGUCCAGGACGCAUUCGCAGCUGUCGCAGUUCAUCACGGAGCUGCGUCGGCCGUCGUUCCCGCCAUCGCUGCCGUCAUCCGUAGCUAAAGACCAGCAGAAUGCAUCGGAAGCGGUCAAGCUGCUUCCCCUCUCGUCAAGGCAGCGGCUCUGCAUCAACCCUUCGGUAUCACGCCUGGGCUCGGUGCAAGCCAUCAACGACCGCUGCGCGGAGCUACAGCAGAACAAGGGCGGCAAGAAAUGCGACUACGUCCCCAGGGAGGAGCUCCUCAGCCAGACGCAUCAAUUUCGCGACACGGCGCUGGCUACGCUGCCAGACAUUGAGGACCUGCAUCAGCUGGGCAAGUCGCUGGCUGUUUGCCCAUACUACGCCUCGCGCGCGGCGCUGCCUGGGGCGGAGAUCAUCACGCUACCCUACCCACUGCUCCUCCAGAAGAGCGCGCGGGACGCGUUAGGAAUCAAGUUGGAGGGCAACGUGGUGAUCAUCGAUGAGGCGCACAACAUCAUGGACGCCGUGGCCAACGUCCAUGCGGCGGAGCUGAAACUGAGCGACUUGCGCAAGGGACGUGGCAUGUUGGGUGUGUAUGUGAAGCGGUUCGGCAAGAAGCUCAAAGGCGAGAACCGGGUGAAUGUAGGACGAGUCGGGCGAGUAAUUGAUGGGUUGAGCGAGUGGAUGGAGAGCGCGAAGAGCUUCAAGCAAGAGCACGGCAUCGUCGACCCCAACGACUUGACUCGGCGCAAGGGCAUCGAUCAGAUCAACAUGUACGAGCUGAUCCAAUACAUCCAAGAAUCGAAGCUGGCGUACAAGAUUGAAGGCUACGCGGCCCACGUGGAGGCGCAAGAGGAUGGCGGCAAGGCGACACUCUCCAAGGCCAGCUCGCCUGUCCUGCACUCGCUGGUGUCGUUUCUCGUGGCCCUCACCAACCCCAGCUCCGAGGGACGCAUCUUUUACCAGAAAGCAGGCGGCGACGUGCAGCUCUCGUAUCUCCUGCUGUCACCGACACACGCCUUCUCGUCGAUCGCAUCGAGCGCCCGCGCCGUAAUCCUCGCCGGAGGUACCAUGUCGCCGUUUGACGACUAUCGCAACCACCUGUUCCCUACGCUGGCAGCGCCCAAGGUCACGACGCUGAGUUGCGGGCACGUCAUACCGCGGGAGAACUUGUGCGUGCGCGUGCUGGCAGGGACACGGCCGGGAGGAGCGCCGUUCGAGUUUAGCUUCCAGCGGCGAGGGGACAAGGCGCUCAUGGAGCAGCUGGGGCUUGCGGUGCUCAAUAUGUGCGCGGUGGUGCCGGACGGCGUGGUUAUGUUCUUCCCCAGCUACGGAUACCUGGACGAAGUCGUGAAGGCGUGGCGAGAACAGAAAGGAGACAAGGCCGCGACGAUCUGGGAUCGGCUGCAAGCGCGCAAAGCAGUCUUUCAGGAGACGCGAGGGGGGUCGAGCGACGAGGUGCUACGACAAUAUUCGGAAUCGAUUUUGGGACCCAGCACGCAGGCCGACGAUGGAGACAAGCACAAGCCACGAGCUGCUACAGGACGAGGGGCGCUACUGCUGAGCGUCGUCGGCGGCAAGAUGUCCGAGGGCAUCAACUUCUCGGACCGACUGGGGCGCUGCGUCGUGGUGGUCGGACUGCCAUAUCCGAACGCAGCAUCACCCGAGUGGAAGGCCAAGAUGGAGUACAUUGAGACAACGACACUGGCGGCGCUCAUGGCAUCGUCGGACAGUACAGGAACAGCAGAGGCAACGACAACGACGACGCAUUCCGACGGGCAAGGUCGACGCCAGGCGCUGAGCCGGGAGGAGGCGACGUUGCGGGCCAAGGCGGCGGCACGAGACUUCUACGAAAAUGCGUGCAUGAGGGCGGUGAACCAGAGCAUCGGGCGGGCGAUCCGGCACCGGGGCGACUACGCGGCGAUUGUGCUGGCAGACCGGCGGUACGGCACGGAGCGGAUCCGGGCGAAGCUGCCGGGGUGGAUCCGGGAGGGCAUGGGGGCCGCAGGCGCCUCGACGGACAGCGAGAUGCUGGGGGCGCUGAUGGGCGGGCUGUCUGUGUUUUUCCGGGGCAAGGCAGCAGGCCCGGCGUGA